UGACUUAAAAGAAAGAGGAGGAGCUUCGAGAGAGAGACUCCGGCUGUCAAUCAAAGGCGGGAGUUCCAAUAAUCUCCAGCAAUCUGUUAGGACCUGACCUGGAGUCCACUCAGAUCAAUAGGAAAAGUGAAGGGAGAAAGAGACGGAGGAUCGUUACGCAGCAGCGGCUGGAGGAGGAGGAAGAAGAAGACGAAGAAGAGGAAGAGGAGGAGGAGGCGGCGGCGGCAGGAGCAGCGGCAGUCCCCCCCCCCGGCCUCGCCUGGUCUCCCCACCCCGCUAACCCACCCGGCACCGCCAAUGCCUGGCAGAGUUUCUGAGACGCACUAAAAAAGUGCAGGCGAGGCGAGCAAAGGGCGAACUACCGGGCUCCUUUUCUUCGCUUCUGCGCCUCUCUCUCUCUCUUUUUCCUUCCUUCCUCGCGCUCUUUCCUUUCGCUUCUCUUUCCUUUCCUCCCCCUCCCUCUUUCCCCUCCCCUCCCCUCUUUCCUUCCCCCCUUCCUUUCCCUCUUCCCCCCUCCUCGCCUCUCCCCCCACCCCCCUACCCCAACCACACACCACCCCGCCAUGGCAUUUUCCCAGUUGGGAUACCAGUAUAUCCGGCCGCUCUACCCGUCGGAUCGCCAAGGGAACAGCAGCUCCCGAAGCGGGGCAGACCUCAGCCCGACGGGGACGCUCUCCAACGUGCUCUCCUCCAUGUACGGAGCGCCGUACGCGGCAGCCGCGGCUGCUCAGGGAUACGGAGCCUUCCUCCCCUACACCGCCGAGCUACCCAUCUUCCCGCAGCUGGGAGCCCAGUAUGAGCUGAAGGAGGGCCCCGGCGUCCAGCACCCGGCUUUUCCUCACCACCACCCGGCUUUCUACCCCUAUGGGCAGUACCAGUUUGGCGACCCGUCGAGGCCCAAGAACGCCACUCGCGAGAGCACCAGCACCCUCAAGGCCUGGCUGAACGAGCACCGGAAAAACCCUUACCCCACCAAAGGCGAGAAGAUCAUGCUGGCCAUCAUCACCAAGAUGACCCUCACGCAGGUCUCCACCUGGUUCGCCAACGCCCGGCGGCGCCUCAAAAAGGAGAAUAAAAUGACCUGGGCUCCGCGGAGCCGCACCGACGAGGAGGGCAACUCUUACGGCAGCGAGCACGACGAAGAGGACGGCGAAGGCGACAAGCGGGACCCCGACGACGAGGAGAUCGACCUGGAGAACAUCGACACCGAGAAUAUGGAGAGCGGGACGCCAGGGGCCAAAGCGGGGCAGCUUCUCCUGGAAGGGGAGGACGACGAGGAGGAGGACGAGGAGGAGGAAGAGGACGAUGAACCGCCGGAUGAUUCGGUGCUCCUCCAUUCCGACGCCAAAACCACCGACUCGGAGGGCUCCGACGGCUUCGAGGACCUGCCGGGAGCUCAGGAGCGCUUCCUGAAGGCUAUGGAGGCCCGGCAGCGCGCCUCGUCGGGCGAGCUGCCUUCGCCAGCGGCUCUCCAGCAGCAGCAACAGCUGCAGCAACAGCGCCAUCCUUCCUCCCCAGCGUCCCCCCCAACGGCUCCCAGCUCCGCUUUGGCACAGCAAGCGCAGCCUCCCAAGCCCAAGAUCUGGUCCUUAGCAGAGACGGCUACCAGCCCGGAUAACCCGUCGCGGAAAUCUCCCCCCGGCGGAGGUUCCCCCCCUGCGGCAGCGGCCACCCCCCAGAGCCUCCAGCUGGUGGGAGCCCCCGCACCGCCGCAGCCUCCUCCGACGGCCCCGGGCCCCGCACACAGACUGGUCGCCUCUUGCCCUCUGGGCAAAUUCGCUAACUGGUCCAGCCGGGCCUUCUCGGCCCACCCCCAUCAUCACCACCACCACCAUCCCCACCCGCUCACUUUACUGAACACUCCCCACCUGCUGGGACUUGGGGGGUCGAACCCCAGCGCGGCCCCCAGCGCGGCGGCUAUCGCGGCUUUCUCCAGACCCGCGGACCAAGCGCAGAGCGCGGAGUCCUCCGGAACAGAUCGAUCUAGUGCCUUGGAAGUAGAGAAAAAGUUAAUAAAGACAGCUUUUCAACCAGUUCAGAGGCGGCCUCAGAACCAACUUGAUGCAGCUAUGGUUCUAUCUGCGUUGUCAUCAUCUUAGUUAAUUUUUUUUAUAAUUAUUGUUCUAAUGAUUGUAAAAUAAAAUUCUCUGUAUAGUUACAACUUGUACGCAUGUCCAUGUAUCAAAUGAAAAAAAUUACAAAAACCAAGAAAAAAACCCCCUGCUUCUGUGCUAUCAUCUGGAUUAGCUGAAUUCGUGAGGUUUUUUGGAAGUCCAGUGCGAAAUAGGCGUCUUCAUUUUCUUUUUUGUAUAUAUAGUAAAAAGAAAAAAAAUAUGUACAUAUGUGUGAACCAAAUUGUACAAGAAAGUAUAUAUUUUUGGCUAAUAAACUGUUGCCACUUUGACUACAAUUUUCUGAUACUUACGUGAAUUAUUAUUAUUAUUAUUAUUACUAUUAUUAUUAUCAUCACCAUCACCAUCAGCAUAAUCAUUUCCUUUUGUCACUUUGGGAAACUUUUGAACUAACUUUGGAAGAUUACCCACUAUGCUUAGAUUUACAGAAGGGUAGCCAUCUUUAGAGGCUUCCAAAUCCUGAUUUUCUAUAACUGCGAGAACGAAAACCAGUAGCAAUCCUAAGUACAUAAUGCAACUGUGAGCUAGCUAGAAGAAAAUGUGAACAGUGUGUGUUUGUGUACAGGGAAGAGAGGAGUGUGCGUAUUCAUUUGAAUUAAAGAGAGCGGGGGCAGAAAUCUGCAUUUGGGACUUUCUGGUUACUUUGCUGUAUUAAUUUUUAAAUAUAUUUUGGAGGGGGGGGGGACCCGCGUGUUUUUGUACUGUAUUAGGAAUCAUUGGUGGGGCCAUCGCUGCAGAUCUGAUCAAAACGCCUCGCACUAUCCUGUUUUAAUUUUGUGUGUGGUUUAAGAGGUUUCUGCUUGAGAGCAAAGUCCGCUGGUUUAAAUGGCCCAUAUUUUUCAAAGUUGCAAAAAGAAAAGAAAAGAAACGUCCUUAGGAGAUCGAAUCGUCUUUUCGCUUUGCGGCUGGAAAUCCUGGGCAAUUUCAGGGGGUCGUUCAAAGCGCGCUCGCGUCUGUUUGAAUUGCUAAGCGCUACGGGAAUUUGUUUGUGUGUGUGAUUUCCACCCCCCCCCCGGCCGCUUCUCCUUCCACGUUAGCGUAAGGAUCGCACUGUAUAUUUGAGACAGCUGUUGGCUAGAUCAAGUCAGGGGCAAGGCAAGUUGGGAAAGUCAGCCCCGUCGUAUUCCUCCUUGUCCUUUUUCCACGGCUAAAGAGACACAAGGUCGGAAGGAGGUGGGCGGAGAGACGAAAGGCCCGAGUAAAGAGAGGAAGAGGAGAGGGGGUCUCUCUCGCUCUCCAAGGAUAUGUGGAUUAAGAAGGAAAAGCUAUUGCUGGCUGAGCUGGCAGCGC